AUGCCGCCGUCUAAAGGCAAAGGAAAGGGGAAAAAGAAAGGUAAAGGGAACUCGAAAAAAACAAAAAACAGAGCUCCAGACGCAACAUGCAACUGCAUUUUCCCAAGAGAAAUCAUCAUUAAUAUCCUUUCUCGUCUCCCUGUGAAGACCCUUUUACAAUUCAGGUGCGUUUGCAAGCCAUGGCGAAAACUCAUUUCCAAACCCAACUUCGUAGCCACCCAUUUCCGCCAUUCCUCUUCUUUGCAGCCCAUUACCGGUUCUUCACCCAUUCUUUUACACACUCGCCAUCUCGAGUCCGCUGAUCAUCUACUCUCACUAAUCAACCUGUCCCCCGAGUCAUCAUCAGUUGUGGAACUUGAUAACCCUUUCCCUUUCUUCUUGCAAAGUAUGGUGGUUGUGGGUUCUUGCAAUGGCAUUGUGUGCCUUUGUCAGCCACCUUGGGGUGAUGUCAUUACUCUUUGGAACCCAGCUAUGAGGCAGUCUAGGACUCUGCCGCUUUCGAAACGCAAACCCAUUAUGGGAACGCACUCUUGUGUUUCCAUCGGGUUGGCGUACGAUUCACAAGAGAAUGACUUCUUGGUCUUGAGUCUUAAGAGUUUCGGACCAGAAACUAUGAUUGCGGAUGAAGUGGAAAUGUUUUCAACCAAGAGUUUCAGCUGGCAGAGGGUGCCAAAUGAGGUGGGGUUUCGAGUUCUUGGGCUUUCUUGCAAUCUGAUUAUUAAAGGGGUGCCUUAUUGGACUGCUCUGCUUGAGGAUGCGCAUGGGUCACGUGAGGUAUUGGUGUGUUUUGAUGUGAGUAAGAAAGUAUUUGACAAGUUACCUAUGCCUGGAGUGAGACUGGAGAUUCAGGGGUAUCUUGUGAAUUUGGAGGAUUCUCUUGGUAUAUUAAUGUGGGAUAAAACAGACAAAUAUAAUGUUGAAAUUUGGGUAAUGGAUGAUGAAGAUGGUUGGAGCAAGAAAUGCAAUGUUGAAAUGUUAUUCGGGUUCAACAGAAUUAUUGGCUGUUUGAGGAAUGGUAAUAUUGUUGCUGAGGAUGAGAAUGGCGUGUUGUUCCUCUUUGAUCCGGUGACUAGUUCUGUUAAGGCAAAAUUGUGCAUCGAUAAUGCUGAUAGCAGUUCGUCCAUGAUUUUCAACUAUUCAGAGAGCUUAGUUCUGAUUGGAGGGAUGCUACCAGUUAAGAAGCAAGCUGCUAGAGGUAAAUUAGCACGUGAAAAUCUCCUAAAGUGCGGUGAUCAACUUUUGUCUUUUCAAUUAUAUCUUAAGUUACUAUGUGCUUGCUUUGUGUUGAUUGUCAAGUCUGAUCCCACUUUGAGAUGUUGCACUUUUGCUUUGUUCUUAUCCUUAUGUGCUUAUGUGUAUGUUAUGGGCACCUGGUGA